GGGGGGGGGGGGGGGGAGGGGUGGGGGCAGGGAGGCUAGUCUGGAACCGCUGGGGGAGGGCCCAGCCCCUCGGCCACAGCGCCUGGGCCCCGGGUCCCUCCCUGGUACUCCCAGGCCCAUGACCUCCACUCAAGUAUCCGUUCACCUGGCCGCUGACCACCAGAGCCCAUCGGGACUGUCACCCUCCACGCUCUAGCCAGCUUCUCCUGCUCAAGAGCCCAGACGGGGCCACCCCAGAGUACAGCAGCCCCUUGGCCCGGCGAGGGGUCUAGGGCCUCACGCAGGAAAUAAACGCCAAUGUUGACCCGCAUCCUGGCUCUGGUUAGCAGUCUCUGCCAAUGGCCAAGGGCACCUCCUGGGCCAUCCCUCCAACAGGGUGAGGGCUAAAUGCCCAGAUACAGGCGUGCGGAGGAGGCCAGGAAGUCCACCUCGCACACACGGUCAGCACACAGUGGUCUGGUGGCGUUAUCGUCAGUCAUCGCUCUGUCAACAAGAGCUCACAGCCCUGCUUCCGAGCUGCCCCUGCGUAUCCGGUACCAGCUGCGAGGGCUGUGGGCGGGGCCUGCGUCCAGCAUGAGCGUGGGCUUUAUCGGGGCGGGCCAGCUGGCCUUCGCCUUGGCCAAGGGCUUCACAGCAGCAGGCAUCCUGGCUGCCCACAAGAUAAUGGCCAGCUCCCCAGACAUGGACCUGGCCACAGUUUCUGCCCUCAGGAAGAUGGGCGUGAACCUGACGUCCCACAACAAGGAGACCGUGAGGCACAGUGACGUGCUCUUCCUGGCCGUGAAGCCGCACAUCAUCCCCUUCAUCCUGGACGAGAUUGGCGCCCACGUUGAAGAUCGGCACGUCGUGGUGUCCUGCGCGGCUGGUGUCACCAUCCGCUCCAUCGAGAAGAAGCUGACGGCGUUCCGGCCAGCCCCUAAAGUCAUCCGCUGCAUGACCAAUACACCUGUCGUGGUGCGGGAGGGGGCCACCGUGUACGCCACGGGCACCCACGCCCAGGUGGAAGACGGCAGGCUCCUGGAGCAGCUCAUGAGUAGUGUGGGCUUCUGCACCGAGGUGGAGGAGGACCUAAUCGAUGCUGUCACGGGGCUCAGUGGCAGCGGCCCAGCCUAUGCGUUCACAGCCCUGGAGGCCCUGGCCGACGGCGGCGUGAAGAUGGGGCUUCCGCGGCGCCUGGCCAUCCGCCUCGGGGCCCAGGCUCUGCUGGGAGCCUCCAAGAUGCUCCUGGACUCGGAAAAGCACCCUGGCCAGCUCAAGGACAACGUCUGCUCUCCCGGUGGGGCCACCAUCCACGCCCUGCACGUGCUGGAGAGCGGGGGUUUCCGUUCGCUCCUCAUCAAUGCCGUGGAGGCCUCCUGCACCCGCACACGGGAGCUGCAGUCCAUGGCUGACCAGGAGAAGGUCUCGCCGGCCUCCAUCAAGAAGACCAUCUUGGACAAGGUGAAGCUGGAGUCUGCUCCAGGGUCCUCGCUGGCCCCUUCCGGCCACUCCAAGCUGCCUCCCUACAGCCUGGCCCCGGCAGGCAAGAGGAACUGAGGUGCCGGACAAGCCCGCGCUGCUCUCCCCUCCUCUUCCCUCCUGGGCCUGGAACCCUGAGGCUGUGUGUUCUUAGCCCCAGGCCUCAGUGUGUCACCGCGGCGGCCUGCCUCCCACGACUCUGGUCAGCUCGGGGGUCAGCUGGGGUUGUAACCCGGGAUGGGGCACAUCACGUCCCAGUGGGAAUCUCCAGUCACUGAGGGCUUCCUCUCCAGAACAGAGCUGGAUUCUCUGACCUCAGCCUACCUUUCCUUUGCCCCCACACCGGGUCAGGACCACUUCCUCUGGAGCUCAGGAGGCCUGAGCUAACUCCCCAUGGUCAGCUGGCUUGGGGCCUGGCCCCUUGCUGAGUACAAAGGUCAAGUCCCCCUCUCCCGCCCCGUACCCCCGACUCCCGUGAAGGCCCAGCUAAGGAGAGAACUUCGUCCCACUCCUGCCCCUUCCCCGACCUCCACUUGGGGGGAUGCCUUCUUCUCCGUGUGAGAAGGACCAGAGGGUUCAGUCCAGGGAGCAGGACCACUGCCCCUUAUCUCCGUUUGGCAUUUGAGAAAAGGGCUCUUCGAUAGUCCCGACCGUUAAGGCCCCCAUCUCCCAUUCCUGACCCAACUUACAAGCCUGUCACUUCUCUCCUGACCUUUUAGGUUAAAUACAUUGGUUUCCAAGUCA